UCAGGUAACGUACCAGAGUAAAAGCUGUUAUUCAGAGUGCCUCGAUGUCUCCCUCUACUGGUCACUGAGAGACAUUGUCACAUGAGAACGAAAGCGAUAGAAGAGCUCUCGCUCUCAAAACACAGCUUGCUCUCAGACUUUGCUUAGGAAAAUGGCAGAGGCCAGAGUUUCAGAAGAUCAGGACCAGUUAAGCUGUCCAGUCUGUCUGGAUCUACUGAAGGAUCCAGUGGCUACCAACUGUGGACACAGUUUCUGUAUGGUGUGUAUUAAUGACUGCUGGGAUCAGCAUGAUCAGAGGGGAGUCUACAGCUGCCCUCAGUGCAGAGAGACUUUCACUCCAAGACCUGUUCUACGCAGAAACUACAUGUUGGCUGCAGUGGUGGAGAAACUGAAGAAGACAGAACUCCAAGCUGCUUCUCCUGUUCACUGUUACGCUGGACCUGGAGAUGUGGAGUGUGAUUUCUGCACUGGAAGAAAACACAAAGCCAUCAAGUCCUGUUUGGUGUGUCUGGCCUCCUUCUGUGAAACUCACAUCAGACCUCACUAUCAGUCUCCUGCCUUUAAGAAACACACACUGGUUAAAGCUUCCUCAAGACUACAAGAAAUGUUUUGCUCUCAACAUCAUGAAGUAUUCAAGAUCUUUUGUCGUACUGAUCAAAGUUUCAUCUGUUAUUUGUGUACGAUGGAUGAACACAAAGGUCAUGAUACAGUGUCAGCUGCAGCAGAAAGAACUAAGAAACAGACUGAGCUACAGGAGGAUCAGAGGAAACACCAGCAGAGAAUCCAGGAAAAAGAGAAGAAGGUCCAGGAGCUGAAGCAGGCUGUGGAUACUCUUAAGCGCUCUGCACAGGCAGCAGUGGAGGACAGUGAGAGGAUCUUUACUGAGUUGAUCUGCUCCAUUGAGAAAAAGCGCUGUGAGGUGAGAGAUCUGAUCAGAGAUCAGGAGAAGGCUGAACUGAGUCGAGCUGAAGGACUCCUGGAUCAACUGGAGCAGGAGAUUGCUGAUCUUAAGAGGAGAGACACUGAGCUGGAGCAGCUCUCCCACACAGAGGAUCACGUCCAUUUCCUCCAGAGUUUCCUGUCCUUCUGUGUCUCUUCUGGAUCUGUGGAGUCAUACAGCAUCUCUGUCCAUCAACAGCCCUCAUUUGAUGGAGUGAAGAAAUCUCUCUCUGAUCUGAAGGAGCGAAUAGAGACAUUCUGCAAAGAGGAAUUCAGCAAAAUCUCUGUGGUAAGAGGAGCAACAGAAUGUGGUGUCAGAAGUGGGAUGGUGCUGUAGAGACCAUCAGGAGUGUAUCAUGGUUAAGAACCCACCCUCUGCUGUUAGGGGGACGGUAUAAUGCCCAGUGUGUGAACCCUGGUGAGGGACAGGGGCAUGACCCUGGAUGAUGAAGGGCUGGAGUGUGGAGGACUCAUGGAAGGGGUGUAGUGGAGGUGUGCUCUCCUCAAUGGGGAAAGCAGUGUGGUGACAGAGACCAUCACCCCCUGAAGGAGAGAGGCUGAUGUGAUGGGGAUUGUCACUUCAGGCAGGUUAAACAGAUAUAAUCUGUAAUCUAUAAACUAUAAUCUAGCAGCUAUAAUCACACAGAUUUGUGUGAUAAUAGUUUGAAAGUGAUUCUUAUAUUAAAUAAACAAAAAAAACAUUAAACCUCAGCCAUAUAUAUAAACAAUCAGAGGAGAGAAAGAACAUCAAAGAUGAGACUGAUCCAGUGUUGUCCAGUGAGGAUGGUGUUUCCUUUGGGGUCUGGAUCCUUCCAUGGUUUCUUCCCUGUGAUGGUUUGGGAGUUUCUCUUGUCACUGUCACCUUUGUCUUGUUCAUUAGGGGUCCAGCCCUGGUUCUUGGAAUGUGGAUUUGAGACAAACUCUGUUGUUGAAUGCACUAUAUAAAUAAAACUGAAUCACUGAUAAUUAAACGAGUGUGAGAUUUAGACAGGAAAUUUGACAGCUCAGUCUCUGCCUACCCGUUCUCUCCUGCGCUCAUCAUUGUUGCCAGGUUACGGAUUACUGGCUCCGCCUCUUCUUACACCUGUUCAAUUAUCUUAUGUAUUAAACUUCUCUCUCCAACCCUGGGGUGUCUGUGUGUAUGUCUUAGUUAUUAAUUUCAUGACUGGCCUUAAGUAGGUUACAGACACAGUCAGUUAUGUUCCUAAAUGUUUAAUUGCUAUGUGAAAAUAAAAUUAUCUACAUUUUGUUUUUUAUACUUUAUAAAUUUACUAUCCGAAAGCCCAUUGGAAUAUUUGUUUUUUCACACACACACACACACAUACACAAAAAAAAAAAAAAAAAAAAGGG